AAGUCUGACAGUUUACUGGAUAUUUUCUUUGUUUUGAUUGUUCAACUUUUUUGUUGUUGUUGUUAAAAUGUCUUAUAAGAGAAUGAAUCGGCCUCGGGCGAAAACAGGAAACUGGAAUGAAGACAUGAUCAUAGAGGAGGAGGCAAUGAGGGAAUAUUUUGAAAAGAAGGAGAAGGGAGAACUUCUUGUCCAGAGAGUGGACUUCCUGAAAGAAAACAUUUUGCGGCCGGUGGAUCUCUCUGUGUCAAACGAUGGACAGUUGCAUUUUGGGGACACCGUGAUGUUGGUGAAUAUAGGAGGAGAAAACAGGCAGUUCAGCUCUCUCAGCAUCAAUGCCGACAUUAACAGUGUUACCAAGACACCAUCACCAGGCAUCAAGGCACCCUGUGGAGUCAGCGCAGGAGGAGGAAUUGAGCCCUGCGUUCGCACUGCUUUAAUCAUCACCAGUGUCGACGGCAGCCCUGAAGGAUCCACUCUGUGUUUUGACCAGUUUUUUGCUCUGAGAACAACAGGGGGCUUUGCUAGAGGACUUUACUUGACCAGUGAUCUACAAGGUUUCCAAAAGUAUGCAAAGAAGUCUGGCUUCCAAGAAGUGUAUCUGGAUGACAGCACAAGCUUCCUGUCAUGGUGGAAGAUAGUGCACUUUGACCCCCAAGAAAGACUUGAAUAUGAGGGUCAGCCAGUUCCUGCUAACGAGAAGGUGCUGAUCAUACACUGCAAGACGAACCAAGCCCUUGCUGUUCUGGGGGAUCAGCUUCUGUGGACUGCUCAUGGGAAAGAAUAUGAAGUGACAACUCACACAUUCCUUGACUCCCACAAAGCUGAACAGGACGCCAAUCACUGGAUCAUGUGCACUUCUGAUCCUGCAGGGGAUGGACUUGUAUUACUGCGGAGCUUCCAACCAUUAGCUAAAGACCAGCAGCUCACCUAGACAUAUCCAGGCUUUCCAUUUACUACCUCCAAUUAUUAAUGUACCAAACACCAUUGAAAAUACCUGACAUUUUCACAAUAAAA